CACGACCAUAAACUAACCGGACGCCUUUAACCAAAGAUACUGGCUCACUGCCUCCACUGUAUUUGUUUUCAUUCUGGAGAGCUGACCAAUCGCAGUGCAGACUGGGAGGAGACCAGCCCGCCUUCGCGGUAGACACGCCUCUAUGUUCAAGGAACACCGCUUCAUACAUACACUGUUGUUAGCGACGUAGCCACUACGGUCAAUUUCAUUUUUGACAUUUCCAUUUGCGACCACUUCUCAGAAGUUCACUUUUUUUUGUCACAGGCGGGUUAAUGCACGAGUAGCGACUUAGUGUUUGGGCUCCGUUACGCCGGUGUGUCAAGUUGUUGCUGGUGGCAGUCCUGCGAGCCCCUUUGAGUAUGUGUAUACAAUGAAGAGGCGUGUGGAGGACCAGGAACCAAUAUUUGCACCCCAGCAACAGCAAUCGCGUCGUCCCCCAGUUCAAGGUAUUGCAGAGAGCUUCCAGCACCGGGCCCUCGCCCCGGCCCCGACUGUGAUAGAGGCAGCCGCAGACAACAUGCAGCCAUCCACUGGCAUCCAGUAUUCUCUCCCCCAGGGCUACCAGGUGCCUACAAUGCCUCAGAGCACAAGUGGACACGGACACAGCAAUACUGCACCACAUGUCGGUCCCCACGCACACGGUCUCACAGUGCAGUCGCAGGGCCCUGCAGUGGUCCAAGGUCACGUUCACCCACCCACCCCCAUAACUUCAACUCAAGGACAGCAGCAGUUUCAGCGACUGAAGGUUGAAGAUGCGUUGUCCUAUCUGGAUCAAGUGAAGCUGCAGUUUGGGAAUCAGCCACAAGUUUAUAACGAUUUUCUUGAUAUUAUGAAAGAGUUCAAGUCACAGAGCAUAGACACUCCUGGAGUCAUCAACCGUGUGUCCCAGCUCUUCAAGGGUCACCCAGACCUCAUCAUGGGUUUUAACACUUUCCUGCCCCCUGGAUACAAGAUCGAGGUUCAAACCAACGAUUUAGUCAACGUGACCACGCCGGGCCAGAUCCACUACAUCACCCCUCAUGGUAUUUCUGUUCAGAACAUCCCUGUAAGUGGAGCAUCCAGCCAACCUGCAAGCCAUCACCAGCACCAGAGUCUGCCACAGCCUGGCCCACACACUACCACCACCACCACCACCACCACCACCCCACCCAUCCCCGCCCAACCUGCUCCGAAUAAAACCAGCAAGCCAAUUCAGUCUCCAGCCCAUACACCCACAAGCCAGCCCAAUCCAUCCAUCCCAUCCUAUGCCUCACCGCGCUCACCUUCGGUCCAGUCCCACACUCCAGUGAGCAGCACGCCGUCUGCCGGGCCGCCUCUCCAGAACAACCAGCCCGUGGAGUUCAACCACGCUAUAAACUAUGUCAACAAGAUCAAGAACCGCUUCCAGGGUCAGCCAGACAUCUACAAAGCCUUCUUGGAAAUCUUGCACACAUACCAGAAGGAACAAAGAAAUGCUAAAGAGGCAGGAGGUAACUACACUCCAGCACUGACUGAGCAGGAGGUCUACACUCAGGUGGCAAGGCUCUUCAAGAACCAGGAGGACCUGCUCUCUGAGUUCGGACAGUUCCUGCCCGACGCAAACAGCUCAGUGCUGCUGAGCAAGACGGCACCAGACAGGGCAGAGUCAGUGCGCAAUGAUCACGGCGGGACAGUAAAGAGACCCUUACUGAACAAUAAACAAAGACUGAGCCAGAACGGCCUGCCGAUCAGAAGACCUGCUGGAGUGGGACCCACACCGCCCGUCAAGAAGAAACCCAAAAUAAUGGGGAAGGACCAUGGCAUGACUGAAGCCAGCAAACACAGCACCAGCACUGAAACUAUGUUCUUUGAGAAGGUGAAGAAGGCUCUCCGGAGCUCUGAGGCCUAUGACAACUUUCUGCGCUGUCUGCACAUCUUCAAUCAGGAAGUCAUUUCUCGUGCUGAGCUGGUCCAGUUAGUCAUCCCAUUUCUUGGAAAAUUCCCAGAGCUUUUUACUUGGUUUAAAAACUUCCUGGGCUACCGAGAGUUUAGUCACGGGGAGUCGAGCCAUGCAGAGAGUUUACCCAAGGAGCGUGCAACGGAGGGCAUCGCCAUGGAGAUUGACUACGCUUCCUGCAAGAGGCUUGGAUCCAGCUAUAGAGCACUGCCCAAGAGCUACCAGCAGCCCAAGUGCACAGGAAGGACGCCGCUGUGCAGAGAGGUCCUGAACGACACGUGGGUGUCGUUUCCAUCGUGGUCUGAGGAUUCUACAUUUGUGAGCUCCAAGAAGACUCAGUAUGAGGAGCACAUUUACAGAUGUGAGGAUGAGCGCUUUGAGCUGGAUGUUGUGUUGGAAACCAACCUUGCCACGAUACGAGUCCUGGAGACGGUGCAGCGGAGGCUUUCACGGAUGUCAGCUGAGGAGCAGCUGCGCUUCAAGCUGGACAACACCAUGGGUGGCUCCUCAGAGGUCAUUCACCGCAAAGCUAUCCAGAGGAUAUAUGGAGACAAGGCCCACGACAUCAUUGACGGGCUCAAGAGGAACCCGGCUGUGUCUGUCCCCAUAGUGCUGAAAAGAUUAAAAAUGAAGGAGGAGGAGUGGAGAGAAGCUCAGAGAGGAUUCAACAAAAUCUGGCGGGAGCAGAAUGAAAAGUAUUACCUGAAGUCACUCGACCACCAAGGCAUCAACUUCAAGCAGAAUGACACCAAAGUGCUGCGUUCAAAGACCUUGCUCAAUGAAAUUGAGUUGCUAUAUGAUGAUCGCCAGGAGCGAGCGUCCGAGGAAACUGCCACACCGCCACCCAGCGGCCCGCACAUGACCCUGACCUAUGAUGACAGCCAGAUCCUGGAAGAUGCUGCUGCCCUCAUCAUCCACCAUGUCAAAAGACAGGUGGGCAUCCAGAAAGAAGACAAGUACAAGAUCAAACAGAUCAUCCACCACUUCAUCCCUGACCUGCUGUUUGCACGGCGAGGCGAGCUCUCCGAUGUAGAGGAGGAGGAAGAAGAGGAGGAAGAGGACGUGGAGAUGGAUCAAGACGGCCCCAAGAAGCACAACGGCCUGCCAGGCAGCAGCCCAACGAAGUCCAAGCUCCUCUUCAGCAACACGGCAGCUCAGAAGCUGCGGGGCACAGACGAUGCCUAUAACCUGUUCUUCGUGAACAACUACUGGUAUAUCUUCCUUCGUCUUCACCACAUCCUCUGUUCUCGUUUACUGCGGAUCUACGGGCAAGCGGAGAAGCAGAUAGAGGAGGAUGCUCGUGAGCGAGAGUGGGAAAGAGAAGUUUUGGGGUUCAAAAGGGAGAAAAAUGAAAAUCCAGCAAUCCAACUGAAGAUGAAGGAGCCAAUGGAUGUUGACGUUGAGGACUAUUACUCCGUGUUUCUGGAAAUGGUGCGCAACCUUCUGGAUGGAAACAUGGAGCCGGCUCAGUACGAGGAUUCCCUGAGGGAAAUGUUUACUAUCCACGCCUACAUUGCCUUCACCAUGGACAAACUCAUCCAGAGCAUCGUCCGGCAGCUCCAGCACCUCGUCACUGAUGAUGUAUGUUCACGUGUGACGGACAUGUACCUGAGCGAAAGUGCCAACAAAGCCACGGGAGGCACGUUGUCCACGCAGACAUCCAGGGCCACAGCAGAGGGCGUCUACCAGCGCAAGGCCGAGCAGCUUAUGUCAGAUGAGAACUGCUUCAAGUUGAUGUUCGUGAAGAGCCGAGGAUCUGUCAGUCUGGCCAUGGAGCUGCUGGACACAGAGGAGGAGAACUCUGAUGAGCCAGCAGAGGCAGAGAGGUGGUCAGACUACGUGAGCAGAUACCUGAACUCAGAUUCUGCAUCUCCAGAGCUGCGUGAACAUCUGGCCCAGAAGCCGGUGUUCCUUCCCAGGAAUUUGAGACGGAUAAGGAAGUGCCAGAGAGGAUGGGAGCAGCUGCAACAGGAGAGAAUGACCAAGGCCCCGUUGGAGAAGUCGCAGGACGGAAACAGUGAGCUGAAGAUGGAGUGCAUGUUCAAGCUCAACUCCUACAAGAUGGUCUACGUCUGCAAGUCAGAAGACUACAUGUACAGGCACACGGCACUGACACGGGCUCAUCAGUCCCACCAGCGGGUCAACACACGUCUGCACAGACGCUUCCAGGCCUGGCUGGACACCUGGGCUAAAGAGCACGUGACCAGCGACAUGGCUGCUGAGAGCCACAAGUGGCUGAUGGGAGAUGCACGAGAAGGCCUGUUGUCCUGCACCACCACUUGCAACCCGGAGGUCCUCCAUUAUCUCAACGUAAACAAGUACCGGGUGAAGUACAGAACACUGUAGUCUCUCUGUGGCAGUGAACAAGCUGCCAGCGGUGACUUAUAACACACAACCUGCCGUCACCGGAUCCAGUUGCCAAAAUGUUUUGGGUUGUCGAUCCAGAAUUUAAAUGGGAUGUAAAAUUUUCCACUUUUUUGCAAACGUGUCAGAACUUAUCGGGGAACUUUGUCAUAACUUUUAAAGCUUACGCAGCAAAUGUUGUAAAACCCCCCCCGUCUCAGAGGAGCCAUUAUAAUAUGAAAUGCAGAUUUCUUUUUACCUGAGGUGAAUACAGAGAGAGAAAACACUCCUUACUGCGUCUCAGUUCACAGUUCAAACAAACAAAAACCAAACUAGGUAAGCAUUUCAUAACACAAACUCAGCAACUUCAGAAUGAAAUGAAUUAGAAUUUGAAAGGAAAUAAAAAGAAACAACCUCAGAUUUUCUCUCAAGGUAGCAAGAAUAAGUCUCCGCUACCUCGCUUAAAAUGUAUGUACUCGACUCGGACUCAGCUGUAAAACUUGUAUAGCCUGUGAAUGUUUCCCCUUUCGGUGGUGAAGGUGCUGUAGUGCACUAUAUAUAUUUUAACAUCUCUGGCAACUGCUGGGUACAUGUGCAAUGCCAGCAGUGUGUAUCAAGUGUAAUAAUUUAUGACCGCCCAAACACUUAGUGUAAAUAUGUUGUUUAUAUCUAGAUUUUUUUGUUUUGUUUUUCUUAUCAAAUGUCAUUUAUGUGUAGCGUACGUCAACACUCACAUAGCAUCGAUCUUUAGCUCCAGGUUGCAGAGAAGUUUAUUAAGAAAAUGCUCAAUUUUAACUGUUUUUUACCAAAGGAUGAAAUAUUAGACCUUUUUCUGUUUGUGGUCUGUUGAACGUGAUGUUCCUAAAGUCUUUGUUUAGUAGAAAAACAAGUCCCAUUUUAUACGUGUUUCGAGCCCUUUCUGCGCCUUUCUACCUUCUUCAGUAUCAGUAUCACUCGUGGUUUUAAGAUGAUUGAAUGUAGCUGAGCAGCAAAUUCUCCUUUUUCUUUUCGAAAGUUACAGCGUGUGUCCGUUUCUCAAAGUACUUCGGCCUCAACAGUACUAUCAACUCUUAUUUUUUUCUUGUAUUCAAACUAUCUACCAAAUGAUCCGACUCUGAAUCGCAGGUUUCAGCGGUCUCGUAAUGUAACGCACAUAAAAGAAAAACCGCGUACGUGAGUUGUGUUUAUUUUUUCUAAGCGCAGUGUUGAUGACGAACACUGCCUGAUGUAUAGUAGGUCUAUAUGUGAAUGUCAGCCGUGUGACUUGUGUACAGUUUAAAGAGUAAGAAAACAAGCGAGCAAUAAUUCCUUCGGUCGCAGUCUAUCAAAGCUAUCGGUUUGUAUUUCCCGCUGAAAUACAAAUGUGAAUGUUGUAUUCCCUUUAAAGAGGGAUGUAAACUUAAGGAUUUUUCUUUUCUUUUUUUUUUUUAAAUUGCCUUUUCCUCUCUGCAGUUUGUUUAGUGAAACUGGAAUUGGCCGUGUAGAUAUUGUAGUUUAGGAAAGUCGACACAUGAGCAGCAAACGUUUCAUUAACAUUAACCAUUAAAAGGAAAUCAGACCGAUCAGUAUCAUUUUCUUCAGGAUCCUUCAACGUUCACCUGAGCUCCGUUUUAAGGCGAACAGGUCAGUCACAUAACCAGCUGCAGACAAUCUCGGAACAGUUUAUUACGUGGGUUUUUAUUUUUAUAACUACACUGUGUUUAAUAUGGAAAAACCAUAGGAGGUCCCGGGGAGCUGAUUGUACAUACAGACAUCGUUUGUACCUCGUUCAAUGUGUCUCUUCUCUCGACUUUUACGAUGUUGUACAUGAGUGUUAGUAUGGUGUUUGGCAUUAAACUAUCCUUUGAAUAGACAGAAUCUCUCAACGUUGACCACUUCCUUUUUCUUUUCUGCCAUUGUG